UUAGUCAGCCCCUUCGUCAAUUAAAAUCUUGCAAUCCUGGGAAACGGAACUACUGGACACAUUCUCAACAAAAAAAACAAAAAAUACAGCAACGGUUCUCGCCUUGUCAUUCGCUCCGGAGGACUGGACUAUAUAUAUUUUUUUGAUUUUGAUUUAAAUCGGGGAAUAUCAGAAACGUUCGUAACCUAUGUCCCGGAGCGGCGACCGAGACGGGCACACUCGGGACAACACGAACCUGGCAGGGAGCGGCGACAGCAUGGGUUCGAUGGGCAGCCGUCAGUUGACGCCGGCCCAGAUGCACAGCUACCAGGAGACCACCGGGCUAUCCGUCGAACAGUUGGAACAGUUGAACACCCGUUUCCGGGCACUGGAUCGCCACCAGCGUGGCUAUCUAACUCCGACGGAUCUAUUGCGUAUUCCGCAAUUGGUCCAGAAUCCAUUACAUCGACAGAUCGUUGAUGGUUUCUUCCCCACCUGCGAUCCCAGUGCCCGGCUGACGUUCGCCCAGUUCGUGGAGACGUGCGCCACGUUCAUGGUGCCACAAUAUGGCGGCAAUGGCGCCCCCUGUCGCAAUACCCGGGCCCAGAAGCUGCGGCUCCUCUCCAAGAUGUUCGACACGCGACGCAUUGGCCGGAUCCGACGUGACGACUUUCGCUUCAUAAUGCGAUGUCUCUUGACUCCCGACACAGAAGAACCACAGUCCGAGCAGGACAAACCGAAGGAAGAUCAAAAGGAUACUAGUAAUCCGAAGGAUACAAUGGCUCCUAAGAGUCAGGAGGAUACAAAAAGUCUACAAGACCCUGGGAGUUCACAGGAAACUAAGGAUCUGGAAGAAGAAUCUGAGAGUCUUGAAGAAACCAAUAGCCCUCCAGAAACAAAGACUCUACAGGAUACAAAGACGAAAAAGGAUACAAAAACCAAAGUGGCCAAGAAGCUGCAGUACACCAAGACGCAAAAGGGACUGAAGAGCCAAAAGGAUCCUAUAAAGCCCCCGGAGGACAGGCCCAAGCCGGUGCCCCUCUCCAAGGAACAAAUCGCCGACGCCGAGCUGGAGGCCGAGUUCACGCUCCUGGAGCACCAGGCCUUCGGCUCACUGACCUGCGAGGAGGUGUCCUACGAGGAGUUUGAGGAGCGUCUCGGCAGCGCCAAUAUCGAUGGGCGUCUCUCGAUCGCCAAGUGGCUCAUGGAGGACGCUGAUGAUCUGUUGGGCGCCAGAUUUCGGCGUUACGGCAUUGCCAACAGCAACAAUGAUGCUAACGGGACUACGCCAGGGACUAUACUGCCGGGUAAUGCCGCCAACAACAAUAACACCAAAAAGGAUGAGUCGAUUUUUCAAUUUUUCUUCUCGCUGCUGGACGUUUUGUAUCAAUAAUUGUGAAAAUAAUUAUCGGAACGAGUAUACUGCCGCUUUUUCGAUCUUUUGUAUGCACUUUUGUCUGAAAAAUUGUACAAAAUUCGAACAAAAAAUAUAAUCCAAAUUCACAAAAUCA